AUGGUGGGGUCGCAUUCUACUACGCAAGGACUAGGAAUAAGGCGACCGUGGCAAGAAGCAGCGACAAGUGCGUUUGCGAUUGCCAGUGCGUUGCCAAUUACAACUAUGAAUAGUCAACAAAUUGCUGAAUUGUUUGAAAAAGUAAGUUUUUGUUUUUGGGAACGAAUUUGAUUAUUGAUUUAAAAUAUAUGAAGAUGAAGAGAGCAAAAAGAUAAAAGUUUAUGCAAAUUUCUCGUUUUUACCCGAUGAAAAAUCGAUGAUUUUGAGAGAAAGAUGACAAAGUUUUGGCGUUUUUGGCUGAAAUUUUUUGAAAACUAUUUGAAACCCAGCUUUAUGCAAAUUCCCAUGUAUUUUGAUAUCAUUUCAAAAAUCAAAAUACAUGGGAAUUUUUCAAAUCUCAUCCACGUGGAUUUUUGUUUCGACAUAAAAAAGUUUUUGCUUUUUUUUCAACUAAACAAUACAAAUAAAUAUUGUCUCAAUUUAUUUAUUUGGCCAAUUUUCUUCAUUUUCAUUCAUAAACAAUUAGGAGAGGAUGAAAAAUUAGACUUUUUCCGCUGAAAAUUUGUAUUUUUCCUCUCUGAAAAGAAUCCUCAGAAUUUCUUUUCUCAAACCCUAAAAUUAUUUCGAGCAAAUUAUAGGAUUCCGGAAAAUUCGAUGGGAAUAAAUAAAUGAAUAUUUGUUGUAACUCGAAACUUUUUACUUUUAAAACAAAAGAAAAAUGGCUACGUAAAUAAUAUGAAAGUUUUUUUUGCAGGUCGAACAAGGAAUAUCAGAAUUAAACUGUCCGAUUAGUCAGGAAUUAUCGAGUUUUAGGAAUGCGGUGAGACACUUUUGAUUUAAAAAAAAUGAAAAUUAAAAAAAAAUGAAAUCAAACGUGUAAACGUGAAAUUGAAAAAAAAAAUCAUUUUGAAAAUUUUAUUCGCAAGAAAUUGGUGAGUGAAUUUUGAGUUUUAAUAUUGAAACUUCUACCGAAAAUUCAUAAUAUGAGCACAUUACCAAUUUCUUCAAUAAAUAUCCAAUUUUAUUUGCAGACCGGUGAAUCAUUGCUCAUAGUAGCUAGUCGAGUUGGAAACACAAAAGUUGCCAAAAUAUUAAUUGAAUUGGAUCCGGAUUCUUUGGAUGAAACAGAUAACGAAGGAUGGAGUCCACUUUUAAACGCAUCACAUGCUGGACACGCUGACAUUGCACAAUUAUUAUUGGAGCAUGGAGCAACUGUUGAUCAACCGGAUUUGAUGGGAUGGAGUCCUUUUAUGUGGGCUGCUUAUAAAAAUCGAUUGGAGUUGGUUCAUAUUUUGUUGAGGCAUAGGGUAUGUUACCUAAAAAAAUUUUUGGACCGUGUUUUCAACUUGAUUUCGUCCCAGAUCCUAUCUGAUUUUCUUUUUUCAGGCACACAUUAACAUUGUUGGCGAAGAAGAUAGUCUAACUCCUCUAAUAAUUGCUUCUGGUCGUGGUUUCACACAAAUCGUUGAAGCUUUAAUAGCAGCUGAUUGUCAAGUAAAUUCAUGUGAUAAAUUCGGAAGUACCGCAUUAAUUUGGGCGGCAAGAAAAGGACAUUUACCAGUUGUUCAAUUAUUAUUAAAUGCUGGCGCACAAUUAGAUGCUGUUGGAAUGUAUUCGUGUACUGCUUUGAUGUUAGCAGCAAGAGGUAAUUAUUUGCCAGUUGUUGAUUUGUUAUUAACAAGAGAUCCCAAUAUCAAUGUUGUUGAUGCGAAUGGAUUAAGUGCACUUGGAAUGGCUGCAAGAGAUGGAUAUUCGGAUAUUUGUGAAUCGCUCAUUUUGUCCAAAGCAUAUGUUAAUCAAUGUGAUAAGUAAGGAUUUUGUGGUGGGCUUUUAGAAUCCAAUAUGUUUUUAGAAAUUUAUAUGAAAAAAUGGGGGAAAAUCUCCAAAAAUUGACAAAGAAAAGAAAUAGUGUUUUUUCUUUUACUCAGAUUUUCUGUUAAUAAAAAUCUGAAUAGUUUCACUUUAACUUCAAAAAUCCAAUUCCAGAUUUGGUAACUGGAUUCUCCUUUCGGCUGUUCGAUCUGGAAAUGCAUCAAUAGUUCGACUUUUACUCGAAAAUCACGCUGACGUGGAUUCACAAGAUUCAGAAGGAAGAACGGCUCUUCAUCUUGCAAUUGAUAAAUCAUUCACGGAUAUUGCAUACAUAAUUCUCGACAAAAAACCGAAUUUGGAACUCAAAAACAAGGAUGGAGAAACACCGUUAUUGAGAGCUGCAAAAUGUCGACAUGUCCAUUUAUGCACGUAUUUAUUAAAUUCGGGAGCAAAAUUGGCGGCGAUUGAUAAUUGUGGAGAUAAUGCAUUGCAUUUGGCAUUGAGAGCAAGAAGUCGUAGAUUAACACAAGCACUUCUUUGUAUGUUUUAUUUUUGAAAACUGAAAAAAAAACACAAUCAUUUACGUUUCAAAAAACAAUUCAAAUACCCUAUUUUUUGCGAGAAAUUGUUUCACGAAAAUUUACUGAGUCAAAAAUCAAUAUUUAAAAUUUUGCAGCCAAUCCAUCUGAUUCUCGUCUUCUUUAUCGACCAAAUAAACUUGGACAAACUCCAUAUUCAAUCGAUUUGGCAAAUCCUCAACCGAUUUUGAGUUUAAUAUUUGGACCAAUUGAUGCGGAAGACAAAAUGGAUAAUGUUAUGGGAUAUGAUGUUUAUUCGAAUGUUUUGGCUGAUAUUGGUGAGUGGUUUUUUUGGGUGGAUUCUUUUAGUUUUGUAGAAUUUCCAUACUGAAUUACCCGAAGAGUGUGUUUUUUCAGUGAUUAGAGAAUUUGAACUGAAAUAAAAAUCUUAGUCCAAUAUCUACUUCUAAUUUUUUCCAAAGAUGUUGAACUAAUCGAAAAGUCCUGAAAUUUUGUCCACAUUCCCCCUUCAAAAACCAUGUUUUUUUACAGUCUGCGAACCAUCUUUAUCACUUCCUCUAACUAUCGGAUUAUACGCAAAAUGGGGAUCUGGAAAAUCAGCACUUUUAGCCAAACUAAAAGAAGCAAUGCAUAGUUUUUCGAGAGAUUGGUUAGAUGGAGCAUCUUUGAAGUGAGUCAACUCAUAUUUUUUCUUCCGUUCUCAUUCAAAAAAGCAUUUUUCAGUCUAUCAUUCUCAUUAUUUUUAUCAAUUUUCUUCUCGAUUGCCUGGUUUUCAUUAACAAUAACAAUGUUAAUUGCGAUUAGUCGAUCACUUUAUGCAUAUUUUAUCACUUGGAUUGUUACGGCUACUGUAUUUAUUGGAAUUCUAGUCACAAUUGUUGUUGUUUAUUAUGGUGAUCGAAGAGGAUGGUAUACAUCGAUGGAUGUGAGUUGUUUUCAAGGGAAUUUGAGAGAGGAUUUGAGAAAUGAACUUUUCUUAAAUUUGAAAUAUUAUCUUAUCAUAUUUCUCGCAUAGAAAUACGCUUUAAAAAUCUAAUUUUUCACUGGAUCCUCGCGUUUUGAACUAUUUUUCACGAAAAGCUUUGAGAGAAACAAAUAAUUGUCUAACCUUCUUCAAAAACGUCCUAAUCGUUCCCAAAAUUAUAAAAAUAAAGUCAAAUCUAAACAUUCCCAAACAAAAUGUGUCAAUUCUCGCACCUUCUCCUCUUUUACAUAUCACUUUGCUUAUCCCGUAAUUCGUCGGUCACAUGUUUUUCCUUACCUAUAUAAUUAUUUCGAUUUUCAAUUAUUUCGUUCUUCCGAGAACAUAUACUAAAAUUGGAACAAUACAGAGAAGAUUAGCAUGGCCCCUGCGCAAGGAUGACACGCAAAUUCGUGAAGCGUUCCAAAUUUUUUGACUGAUUUUCAUUUUCGCGAUCAUUUUCAAAAUCCAGGAAAAAUUACGUUUCUAGAUUUUUCAAAAUAUUUUUGAAUGUAUUUUCAAUGAUCUCACGAUAAACAUAUUUGUUUAAUAUGGAAUCAACUGAUAAUAAUUCUUUCAACAUCAAUAUCGAUUAUCCUAAAUGUUUCUAAAUUUUUAAGAAAAAUGUUCUAAUUUUUGCAGUUAGCCAAUGUAUUCGCUCGAACAUUCAGUCGAAUCAAACUUGUUUAUGAUAUUCUAACUCUGCAUGCUCCAAUGAAUACAGAUGAUAAUGCAAGUAUGCCAGUCAGUUUUCUAUUUGCUGAUUAUCAUCGACUAUCAUCAAUUGGUGGAGAACAAGCGCUGGCUAAAAUUGUGGCGACACUUUUUGAAGCAGCCGAAACACAUUUUGGUGUAUUGCCUGUCAGAUUAUUUUGCUCGAUGAAACCGCCUUAUCGUGAGUUUUUUAAAGGGGAUUUGGAAGUGAAAAUAAUUGGAAAAUUCCGAAAAUAUAUUUAUCGAACUUUUUUCAUGAAUCAGAAAAAAAAAUGUAAUUUCAAUUUUUAAAAAUAAAAUUGAAAAGCCUUCCGGUAGGCUGCUCCAUUUAAAAAUCUAUACAAAAUUUUCCAAAAAAUCGAUAUUCAGCUUUUCCCCUAGACUAUUGUUAUUGCACAUAUCCUCUCCCAUUUUUUGCCAACUUCUCCUCAUUAUAUUUUCUUCCCGAUCACAAUUUCCCCCUUUUUUUCUAUUCAGAAUACAUUGAUACUGGAUUUGGCUACACUUCUUUUGUCAGAAGAGGCGCUACUUAUCAAAAAGUACCCACAGGACAAGGUUUAUUCUUUGUGGCUUUUUUAUUCUAAUUUUACUUACUGUGUGUGUCUUUCUUGUCGCUGUGAAAACUAAUUUUUUUCUAAAAAAAAUAUGUGGAUCUUUAAAAUUUCCCCCCACUUCUCCAAAAUAAUUGAUUUUCUUUCAGCUGGAACACACGGAUCUCUUCGACGUCAUUGUGGUGUUCCACAUGUUAUCAUCCUAAUUCUUGCCGGAUUUUUGUUGACUAUGAGUCAGAUUUUUGCAACACUUUGGUUUAUGUCAGAAAAACGAGAUGCGAACAGUUUGCAUUUCUAUUUUUGUAUCGCUUUUCUCAUUGCGUUUGCGAUGAUAACUGCGUGGCCAAUUGCAUUGAUUUUUAGGUGAGAGAUUUGGAGGGAAAGUUCGGGAUUUUGAAUUGAUUUUUUGGAUCAAAAAAUUCCGGUCCAAUAUCACAUAUUUUUCAGACACAUAAAAACCUUUCAAUUUUUUCUUGAAAAUUAUUUUCGGAAAGUUUUCAGAAAUUGGAUCAAAUUUUUCUAUUUUCCACACGUGACCUUCAUUUUCUCAAAUAAUUCAAAACGCCUAAAUUUUCCAGAUAUUGUUGGUCAAAUAUUCCUCGCCGCCGUGUGAAUGCAGCUGCUCGAAAUGCUCAUAAACUUCGUUUCGAAGGACUUAUGCAAAAACUGCAAACCGAAGUGGAUCUUCUUGCUGAUAUGAUUCGAUCACUUGAUGCAUUUACAAGAUCACAUACUCGUUUAGUUGUUGUUGUCGAUGGAUUGGAUAAUUGUGAACAAGAACGAAUGGUUCAAACAUUAGAUGCAUUGGAAUUAUUAUUCUCAGCUCGAAAACAUCGACCAUUUAUUACUAUAAUUGCAGUUGAUCCACAUGUAAUUGUAUCAGCAAUUAGUCAUAAUAUGCAUAGUGCAUUGUCUGGAACUGAAUUAACUGGACAUGAUUAUUUGAAGAAUAUUAUUAGUAUGCCAUUUUAUUUGCAUAAUUCGGCAUUGAGACAAUUACAAUCGAAAUUGAGAGAAAAACGAGAAUCGAUGGCCGAAUGGAAAGAAAGAUUCAAACGACAAGAUACAUUUUAUGGAUCACAUUUAUCUCUAAGAGAAGCUGAUGGAAGACAAUCAAGAAAGAAAUCAACAAUACCAAAUGGACCUGUUGUUGGAAGAGGAAUGACUGAUGGAAUAUUGGGAGAGGAUUAUUUCUCAAAUAUGAAUCCGAGAGCAAUGAGAAGAAUUGUGAAUGCGCUAACAUUGACUGGAAGACUUAUGCGAGCUUUUGAAAUUGAUUUUUCUUGGAUGUCAUUAGGACAUUGGGUUUCGCUAUUAGAACAAUGGCCGAGUCGAAUGUGUUGGUUGAUUGAUCGAGCAUUGGAAGUUCAUGAUAAUCAAUAUUUGUUAUCUGAAGUUUAUCAUCAAUUUAAAGGUGAGUCAAAAAGAGUUAACAUAGAUUUUUUUUUGGAAAUUAUUAGUCCCAAAAAUCGAAGGGAAUUGUUCAAAAGUUUUUCUCAAUUUUCAAAAAAAAUUUUUAUUAUGUUGAAAAUAUUUGCUGUGAUCAGUCUCUCAAUAACUCCGAAUUUUAGAUCACAUUCCUGCCAACGACGAUUUGAUUGCAAUGGAUAGAAAUUUGGAUAACUUCGAAGGUUUCUUGGAUUCGAAAGGAAUACCAAUUGCAGAAAGAUUAACAGUCGGACAUGUCAAGAAAUUCGUGCCGUGCACAAGUAAUUUGGACCCAUAUUUAAGAAAAUUGAUUCGAGAAAGAAGUAAAGGAUUGGUUGAUAUUGAAGCACAAAUUGGAACAAGUGGAAUGGUUGUACCUCCAAAUGCCAAAUUAUUAUUUACGGUGAGGAAGUUGGGGUAACUUGAAUAGUUUUAUCCACAAAUAUUCCGAAGAAAUGGAGAAUUGGUAAAUUUAUGAAGCGAUUGAAAAUAAUCAUUGAAACCGUUGAGAAAACUCCAUUGAAAAUCAUUAAAUACAGUAAUCCUAAGCCGAUUCGAUUGUCAAGAUUUGGAAAAAUUGUGAAUGAUAGAUUUAUGAUAUAAUAGGGAAUUAUUGAGAAUGUUAGAAAUAUGAAACUCUGUGCGAAAAGACUGUAGGAUAGAUUUUUCUGAUGAUUAUGAGUUCGAAUUGACCAAAGAUUUGUUUGAGAAAGACUUUGAAUUAUUUGAAAAGUAACUGCAGUUAUAUAAAUUAGAAUUCCGAAAAGGAUAAUAGAGGGCGAAAUAAUUGAAAUGAGAAAUGUUCGAUUAGUUAGGCUAAAUCCAAGAUUUGAAGUUAUACAAAGUACAAAAGGAUCAUGAGUUUCCUAAAUAAUCAUAAAAUUGAAAAAAUAAUAAAUAUAACUCACUUCAUAUAAUUCAAAUCGUCUAUCUUCAUGUUGUCUCAAAGUAUUUGAAUAAAAAUACCAACUCAAAAACCAGAAAAAUCCAUAAAUUCCCGAAUAAAAAUAUAAUAAAGAAUUCAAUUUUGAAGAAUGUUUUGUAUGGUGUUUUAAAAGAUUAUAGCGAUAAUGAAAUAGAAUAAGAAUACUCAUAAUAUUCCAAUUAUUUAAAUGUGCACUUAUUGACAUUGAAACUAGACCAUUUACUUGGAAAUAAUUUGAUAGGCCAAGAGCUCGAAACAUUGCUAUUGGUAGAUUUGUAGCCGGAAUGAAAAUCAUACUAUUAAAUAUUUCGGAGAGCAUUAUUCUGUAAGUUGUGCUUUUCAAAAAAAAAAAAUUGAGUUUUCACACACAGAAAAACAUGAAGAAUUAGUCGAACUUUGUAUGCUACCAAUUUCCCGCCAAAAAUCAAUAUUAACAAAACUAGAACAUUUAUCGAAAAACUGAAACAUUCUGUAUAAAUAACAAUAGUUAGAUAGGGAUUUAUUGGCUGCGCACAAUUUUCUGAAGAAAAGUUCAUAUAGGUUUGCAAGAAUGAUUUCUGGUGAAUCAUCAUGUUAUUCUUGAAAUUCUAGAUUUGAUGACUUUUUAUGAUUUCCUGGAAAGUGGAAUUAAAAUUGAUAUUAUGACGAGAACAUUCUGACUUUUGAAGAAAUGCAAAAAUUGGUUUCAAAGUUGAAUCAGAAAAUAAAUACUUCACGUUAGAAUAUUCGAUUUAACCAAUUAAAAAAUUUUAUUUGCAGAAAAAUUUUCGAGUUUGGAAAAAAAGUACUAAAAAGUAUGAAUUUUCUGCAAAAAAAUGAAAUGUUAAAAAUUUCUCAAAAAAAAAGUUAAUUGUUGAUGUACUUUUAGUGAAUUGACUGCGGUGAUCAUUUUCUGAUAUUUUAUUUUUCACAAAAAUUAUUCUGAAAUGGAGCUACGAUAACAGUUAGGCCCUACUUUGUAUGCAUUAAUUAUUUCCCAUUUUCAAACCAAAAUUCAAAAAUAUUUUUAAGGAUGAAUUACCGUGGAUGACAAUCGAUAAACCACUUGUUGAAUUACGACUUGAUGCAAUUGUCAAAUUAUUGAAACGAUUAGAUAUUCCAGCAACAAGAUUAGAUAAUAUUGUCGAUAAAUUCUAUUCAUUAAAUCUUAGCGGACUUGUUCUUGCAACUUGUCCACUUCAAGAUUUAAAAGAUGCAAUGAAAUUACCAUUAGGAGAUUGGACAAUUAUUCGACUACUUAUCGAAACUUUGAAAGUUUUUGGAAAUUCGCCACCCGGUUUACGAGUUGAUAAACGAAAAGCGUUGACACUUCGAGAAGAAGAUGAAGAAGAAGAGGCUGAAGAAGCUGCGGAAGCUGUUGUGAUGUCAGAAAGAGAAAGAGCACCAUUGUUAGGAUCAGUGAAUGCGGAACAGAGGAGAAGAAGUACUGUAGUGCAAAAUGCGCCGGAAUUGAGUGAUGAUCAGAAAUGGUUGAUGGAAAGUUUGUCGGGAAUGGAUUUGAGUGAGUUUAUUUUAAAGGGUCUAUACUCAAAAUUAACCCCAAAUCCUUUUUCAGCUGAAACUGAAGGUGAUGUCAAUGAUAUGCAUUUUUCUCAUUUUUCAUCUUCAACUGAUGGACCAUCUCCUUUAAUUGAUGGACUUGCUUCGAUUUCUGUAUCAGCUGCACCAUCUGUUAGGUAAGAACUUUGAAUUCCUCUUUUGGCUGGAAUUUCAGAUUUUCAGUUAGGCUUUCGAUAAGUUUUUUCACUCAGUUUCAAUUUUUCGUUGGCAAAUUUUUGUUUCAUUUUCAGAUUUGAAGAUAAUCUGAAUGAUUUGGAACAAGAUGCUUCGGAUGCCGAUUCGACACAAUCCAGAUAUGAUAGUAAAGAGAAUCUACUUGAAGAACGAGAAAUUAGCGAAGAACCGAGUUUGAUGAGAGGAUUUGAUGGAACGAGGUUUGGCUUUUUUGGUUUAUCGGGUUUUUUGUUCGAAAUGUUUUUUGGCAAGGAAUAGUUUUUGAAAUUUGGGUACUGACCUUAGUUUAAUCUGAAAUUUUGGAUUUGAGCCUAUGCUAUAGAAAAAAGCUAAAUCGAGUUCCAGGCUUACACUUGUUCAGUGGCCAAAUUUAUGUUAAAAUUUCCUUGUCAUAAAACAUCACGAUAUUCAUUUAUACACUAUUAUGUUAAUUGUAUAGUUUUCUCAGUUUUUCAAUAGUUUUCUAUGUUCCUUUUUCACACUAUAAAAGUUGCAGCGAAUCUCCGGGUUUGGUACGAUCUACUUAUCGUAGCCAAUCGAAAUACCGUAGAAUGAGUCGGUAAGCCAAAAACAACCAACCUCAAUAAUUCCCUUUUCUUGAUUUUCGUAACUUUUUCGUGUGCUGUGGUUUAUUGAAAUGCGUGCAAGACAUUUUUUGAUUUUGUUCUUGAAAAAAAUGUUGAUUUUUCAGAGGUGAACUGAUGAGAGGAAUGCAUCAAAAUGAAAUUGGUGGAAUGACGAGUGGAGUUGGAAAUGGAAUUGGAAGUAGUCAGCCGAGUUUGGUGAUGAGUGAUGAAGAUGUGGUAAGUUGAAGAGAUUUUUGGUUAGAACAGUUUUAAAAUGAUAAAUUUUUUUGAAAAUCAAAAAAUAAAUAUUGAAAAAGGUGGAAAUUGAGAAAUUGCCUGAAAAUGAAUCUACAGAAUUUAAUUUUUGAAUUAUUCUGAAAAAUUUGAUCUCUUCAGAAGAAUUUAAUCAUGUGAUUUUCGAAAUGCAGAAUUCUCGAAUUGAAAGUUGAAGAUUCGAAUUUAUUCCUUGAAAAAACCACUUUUUCUUCAAUUUUGAUUUUUAUUUCGAUUUCGGACUCAACUCUACCUCAAAAAAUUCUAGUUUUCAUUCAACUUUUUUCCCAAUCCUUUUUCCAAAAAAAAAAACACUUUCAUUAUUUAUAUUAUUAUGUCACAAUUUAUGCAUAAAUAGUAGAAUAAUAUAUAAUUAUUCAAAUUUCGCAUGAUUGCGUUAUGCUAAAAACUUUCACUUGAAAAAUGUUUUUUUUUUCAUUUGGAAAAUUAAUGUUUCAAAGAACCAAAUUUACAGAGUCAAAAUACUGUGCAACGACGAGGCGGCGAUGAUUUUGAGCGAAUUCAAUUGGAGCAAUUAUUCCACAAAAAAUCGGAUGCCUAA